ACAACCUUUGUGACCUGGAGAUCGGGAAGACAGGAAGUAAAGACCACGUAACAUUAACCUCCUCCAGUGAAAGUGCUUUCACUUUUACUCCACAACUCGCCACAUCUGUGACAAACUCGAGGUUUGUAGGUUAUGUGCGGUGCAUAUUUUGAAGGUUAUGUCCAUCCUUGUGAGGUUUGAUCUAAGUAAAUCAGCUGAUUUGUGUUGUGACGUCCGGUUGUGAUAUCCCCACUUCUUGUUCUUCGCUCCACGCUUUCCUUUGACUUAGCUGUUCAUUGCUGGAAGUUCGCGCGGCAUCCGUAGUGUCUUACAGUAUUCGCUCGAAAUAUCCCAAAGAUGGACAAAGGGUGGAUCUCCAAGCUUCGUCCAGAAGAUGUCUCUCACAUUAGAGAAUGGAUCCAAAAACAACCGCAUCUUCCAACAGGGAUUUCAGAUGAUCAGAUAAAGUUAUUUAUUCACAGUUGCUACUACAGACUGGAAAACGCCAAAAAGGCUAUAGAGACUUUCUACACAAUGCGAAGUAGUACUCCAGAAUUCUUUGACAACAGAUCUUUGGGAAAUCCUGGAUUGAAGCAUAUGCUUAAUGUUUGCCGUAUCUGCAUCCUGCCGAAACCCACUCUGAAAGGUUACCACGUACUCUUCGGUCGCCUCAGCAUAACAGAGCCCUCGCAGUUCAAUUUGGACGACGCCAUCAAACUCCUCUUCACCACGAUUGACUCUCACCUGAAAGACCAUGGAAUGUCUGCAGGGAUGAUCUUCCUGUUUGAUAUGCAGGGAGUCUCCCUCGGUCAUUUGACCAGGAUAAACCUCACAUCAGUGCGGAAGUACUUCAUAUACGUUCAGGAGGCUAUGCCAGUAAGGCUCAAGUCGAUACACAUCAUCAAUGUAAAUCCAGUGAUGACACACAUCAUGAACAUCAUUAAACCAUUCAUUCACAAACAACAUUUACAGUUUAUUCACCUUCACAGUCCUGAACAAACUGAGCAACUUUAUGAACAUGUUCCAAAGGAAAUCCUACCUAAAGAUUACCAAGGAGAAGAAGCUUCCAUGGAGACAUUGACAAGAGAAACAACGGACCGAAUAAGAGCAAAGUCUGACUGGUUCAGACAAGAAGAAAAGAUGAGAACUGACGAAUCAAAACGUCAAGGAAGAUCGCAAGACAUCUGCAGCAUUCAAGGAUCAUUCAAAAAGCUAGAUAUUGAUUAAAUCUUCCUGUAUUAUAAUGAACUCAAAAGUAAGAAAAGUAAUAUCAGUUGAUUCUUUGGAUCUGCUCUGUUGACAUAACAAAUGUUGUAAUUAUUUAAAUUAUUUUAUAUCUUUGUAUAGCUCUUAGGUUUAAACCGUUCAAACUAUUUGGAUUAAUUUUUUAUUUUCUGAGUAGAUAGAACCCUUAAACACUUCCAUAGCAUUGUUUGUGGCACCUGUAUUCUGUAUAAAUUUGGCAACAUUGUGUCAAAUCUCUUAGGGAUAAUGGAUAUUCACUAAAGCUCUCAGAGACGACAGCCAACUUACUGAAUUUAACAUAUUGAAAGGUGGCAAUAUCCCUUUUUUACUAUUGAGAAUUAUAUUAUUUAUUAUUGUUAUAUUGCGUAAUAAAAGGAAGAAGUGGUCUUACAAACACCAGACAUUUCAACAAAUAUUGCAUAGUAAGCUUUUAGGUACGGUACUUAAAAGUUGUCGAUUGAAAUGCAAACAUGUAAAAAUAUUGUUAUGUUUCAUCCCACCUUUAUGCUUUGUACUGAGAUUCUUACUCUCUUAGUGAGUUUGUAAUUCCAUAUUAGAUCACAUGAAUUCCUGACAAGUACCUGUUUUUGUAGGCCAUUUAACUGAAACAAUCUGGGGCAUCUGUUAUUUUACUGGGUAAAAGCAUAGACUAACCAACACAAGUAGACUUCUCAUCCCAUUGUAAAUUUUGAAGCUCGUUUUUCAUGUCUAGUUCAUGUACGCCACACUGGGCGUAAAAUAAUAGAAAUGUUGUUUCUAUUAUUUUAGGGUUAAUUUCUCGAUUUGUGCUUUAAUGUUUGGUUAAAUAACUAGGGGACAAUUUAUUGUUUAUGGUUAGAUCGUAUUAUUUGGUUAAACGAGGUUUUAAAUGACUGUAUUAACGGAAAACAAAUUGUAAACAAAACACGACCUCUACAUAAGCCGUACAGAACUAACAAAAAAAUUGUCUUCAGCUGUUCCAUUAGGAUGAGAAAUCUACUAAGGGAGUAUGUUUUAUCUAUGGUAAAAGUAAGGUUAGGGAUUUUAAAGGUGUUUUGAAAACACUGUUAGAUCUUUGUUAAUUCACACCCAUCCACUAUUAAUAAAAUCAUUAUUAAAAUCCAACACAAUUGUAAUAGAUAGUAGCCUAAGUUGUUAAGAACUUAAUAACCAAGCCACUUCCGUAGCACACUGUAUGGCAGAGGCAGGCCACUAUGUUCCCCUUAGAAUAAUAAACUGGCUAUAGCUGGUCAAAACAGAUGGGAAAAUUUAUAUGAGCAAUCAAAGGCAAUGGUACCACCGAAAUUAAUAAUAUAAAUUACUCUACUGUUAAUGAAGAACUUAUUCUAGGGGGAAAAAUGGAUAAACUAUUUACAGUUGUAAUGUAGAACACAAUUUAUCUUUGAAAAUAUAUGUUGUUAUUUAAUA